CACGCUUGGCCGUGUCAGUGUAGAUUCGUUGUGGGUAUCCGGUGUUGUCAGUACAGAGUAGAAAGAGUAGGAUGCGGUAUCGCGCAACAUUAUGGUACAUCUCGUGGCCGCGACUUCGUGAGAAGGUCGUCAAGGUAAUGAACGUAUUAUCCCGUUGAGGGAAAUGCAGUAUAUCGUAUCACGCGAGUGCAGGACGGGCUAACCUAAAGAGAGGUGUUCAGUGGGUUUGGGGGAACGUGUAGUGUAAAAAGUGCGCGGGACUCGCAUCACGAGCGAACACCAAGGAGUCCUGGUGUCGUGGGAUAUGCAAGCACACGUCAAGAUGUCGUCGGGAGGACAUAGCAGUCGUACUCGAGCUGUACACAUUGGUUCGAUUUUCCAGAAGCUUCAUGGUCGCUUCGCUGAUCCCAUGACACUGCCGAAACUUUCGACCGACAAGCGAAUGCUGGAUAAGACGUGGAAGCUUAUGGACAAGGUGGUCAAGUUGUGUCAACAUCAAAGGAUGAAUCUGAAAAAUUCGCCGCCGUUCAUCUUAGACAUUCUACCGGACACGUAUCAGCGAUUGAGACUGAUAUAUAGCAAAUACGAGGACAGGAUGCAGGUGUUACAUAGCAACGAACACUUUUGUGUAUUCAUCAAUAAUCUUAUGAGAAAGUGCAAGCAAGCGAUCAAGUUGUUCAAGGAAGGGAAAGAGAAGAUGUUUGACGAGACAUCGCAUUAUCGUAGGAAUUUGACUAAACUCAGCCUUGUCUUUAGCCACAUGCUGUCCGAGUUGAAGGCCAUUUUCCCAAAUGGUGUGUUUGCCGGGCAUAAAUUCCGUAUUACGAAGGCAGACGCGGCUGAGUUUUGGAAAGAAAGCUUUGGAAUCAGUACGCUGGUUCCGUGGAAAGUUUUUAAAGAUAAGUUAAAUGAAGUUCAUCCAAUUAGUUCUGGAUUACAGGCUAUGGCAUUAAAGUCAACGAUAGAUCUCACGUGCAAUGAUUAUAUUUCUAACUUUGAGUUCGAUGUAUUUACAAGGUUAUUUCAACCAUGGUCUACACUUCUCCGUAACUGGAAAAUUCUGGCUGUGACACAUCCUGGAUAUGUAGCUUUUCUUACUUAUGAUGAAGUGAAAGCACGUUUACAAAAGUAUUGUAGUACUAGACCAGGAAGUUAUGUAUUCAGACUAAGUUGUACAAGGUUAGGACAAUGGGCUAUUGGUUAUGUUACAUCAGAUGGUGAUAUCCUUCAAACAAUACCUCACAACAAAAGUCUGUGCCAAGCAUUGCUAGAUGGAUAUAGGGAAGGAUUCUACUUAUAUCCUGAUGGUCGUACUGCAAAUCCAGAUUUAACAUGGGCAGUUCAACCCACUCCUGAAGAACAUAUAAAAGUUACAGCGGAACAGUAUGAGUUAUAUUGUGAAAUGGGUAGCACAUUCCAAUUAUGUAAAAUUUGUGCAGAAAAUGACAAAGAUGUAAGGAUAGAACCUUGUGGACAUCUCCUCUGCACUCCAUGUCUCACAGCUUGGCAGGAUUCUGAGGGACAAGGUUGUCCAUUUUGUCGAGCUGAGAUUAAAGGGACUGAACAAAUAGUAAUCGAUCCAUUCGAUCCACGAAGAACACAUCGGCCAGGCACACAAUCAGCAUCUGCUAGUAACGCGUCGACCCCUACACGGGAUCUUGACCCGGACACCGAGGAAAUUAUGGAUUUAUGUAAUGGACACUGUGGGCUUAUGUGUUACGACUCGGAUGAAGAAGAAGACUCCAGUCCAACAAAUUCGCCAGUUUCGAUACGGAGAAUUGUGCCAAGUCCACCGCUACCUCCUCGACGACCUUCUCCAUCUCCUACGCCAAACAGUCACUCAAGAAAUGGUCGUCACUUAACUGUUCCAAAAGAGAAUGCUCCACCACCGCCUUCGUCGACAGCCAACACGGCAUUCAAUUCUAAUACCGAUAAUCAACAGAAUAACAACAUAAACUCCGAGGCAGGUUACGAUAUGUUACAUCGUGCCUCUUCACCGUCUCCAAUGCCACCGAUACCCCCCGCGCCGUUUACAAUUGUCAGAGGUCACGUUCGUCGAUCACAACCAAACCAUUUAAGCACAACGCAACCGCCGUCUCUACCUGAGAAAUCUAGCCGCGUCAGUGGUGGAUCUUCAUCGACGACCAGCCAGAUCGCGUCCAGCAAUAACGUACCACCGGUUCCGCCACCGUUGUCGGUGCCACGGCCUCCAAAGGCAACCAGCAAAGAACACAACAGACAGGACCAUCAUUACGAGAACACGAUCGUGAUACCUGGUACAAGACAACACGUCGUGAGGAACAUUAAUCUGGAAGCGAAUACAGCUCGAUUGUCCGCCCUGAUGAGAGGUAAGGACGAUCCCACCGGUUCUUCUAAGCCAGAAUUCGCGGCAUACGAGAACGUGAACGUCGAACACAUUUCCAAGCUGACGGCUCUCGGAUUCGCACAAGACGCCGUGAUUAGAGCCCUCGGUAUUACUAGGAACGAUCUUGAAAUGGCUUGUGACAUACUACACGAAUUUGCUACGAAAUCGUCUUGACCAGAUUAAAUACCAAGGAAUCAUAACUGACUCUACUUGCCGCAAUGUAAAGUACAUUAUACGUAGAAAUGUGUAGAACACUUGCUCUCGCUGAUUACUGGGGAAAAUUGUUUUACACUCCCAAGCUCAGGCAUUUGGUAAUUCGAGCAAUACCGAAAGCUAACAGAGAUUCCCUGUCCAGCUAGUCGGCAAUAUUCUCGACCGUUUUUUGCACGCAUCAUGUGUUGAUGUUUUUCCAAUCUCGUCACCCGACUGGACGAUUUUCGUAGAAGAUACCAUGGAAUGCCAAUGUAUUUCUUUUCCUUAUAUGUAUUCACAUAUACACACAAAUCGAUACAAAUAGAAGAAGACUGCUUAAAAUUGCGAAAAGAUGCGAUAAAUGUUACAAAUGUAAGUAAAAGUUUUGAACUUUGCAAGGAUAAUUCGCGGCUGCUGAGUACAAAUUCCUUCGUUUUCCGCGAUCGAUGCAAGCGAAAAACAUUGCUAUUACAUAUUCCCCUAAGUAGCUCUCCAUCUUUCGUAUAAAUACAUUUUUCAACCUACUCAAGGAUUUAUAUAUAAAUUUUUAAAAAGAGCAUGCAAAUACACGAUUGUACAGUGGCCAAAUUUAUUAAUAAGCUAAUUUAAAUGAUUCUCCCUUUUUUAUCCACGUAUAUAUACCUCUUUCUCGUUGCUUAUUCCUUGAGGAAAAGGAAUAUUCAGAUCAAAUUUUUACAACAUAUUUAAAAUAAUACCUCAUAUAUAAUAUAUACUAUACGCGAAAGUUAUAAUCGUUUUAAAUCGACGCAGAAUAUCUUUGAAUAUUUUUCAUGUGCUCCAUAGGAUUGAUAAUUAAUUGUAUGAAAUGUUCUGUCGAUCGCAUGUAGUGAUUAGCAUUAUUUAUCAAAUGUGAUACUUAUGUUUUAAUAAUUUUCGACUGCACUGAAUAGAGACCCAUCGAUGCAUGAGAUGUGAAACUUGUUAAUUGAUAUUUAAUUACGUUUAGAAAAAAAAAAGUGAAGAAAGAGAAUCGAAUACUAGAUAAGGCGGUUUACUUCAAAACAAAUUUUCAGUAGUUCUGAUUUGUAUGUUCUACGGAAGUUCAAAAAUACUCGUAAUUGUAAAAUCUCUUCUUGUAAGAUAAUUUGACGUUAACGACGAUUUUUCAUAAUUCUAUGACUUCUUUUUGUCGUAUCUAUUCAUAUCAUCUUAACGAUUGUAAAAAAAGGCUUAAAAACGUAUAACAGACGUAUAAAUAAUUUUUUUUUCCAUGUAAUAAGUGCGUUAUCACGUACAAUAAAGAAAACGUUAUAUGCUUCAAUAUCAUGAACAAAUUGCAUUGGAAUCGAUUCUACCUCGCGAUCACACCAAAGAAAUAUCGUUAUUCUGUAAUUAAAUAAAGUACAUUAUCAAAUACCACCUGUAAAAGGAACAAUUCGUUAGAUUGUAUAUCUUGCAAUUAUAAUGUUUAAAAAAAAAGCAAUUAAAAGCAAUUAAAGAGACGUUUAAAAGUAAGACGAGAAUUACAGUUCUUGCGAGUAAGUAAAAUGCGAGACUGUGAAUAGCGUUAAAUAAAAUAACGUUUCGUAUAUAAAUACAAAAACGGUCGUUCAAAUAAAUAAGAUUUAUCGGUUGAACAUACAAAACGAUUAUUUUUAAUAAGAAUAGAUAUUUAUUUACUGUAUUAAUAAUUGUAAUAAAAUAAUCAUUAAAUUCCGAUUAUCACAGUUUGAAAAAAAGAGCUAUUAGUUACAAAACUUCAUCGUCUCAAUAACUCAAUAAAUUCAACUAUUCUAUUUUUCUACAUUGUAUACUAGUUUGAUUGGUAUAUAUAUUUUAAAGACCGUUCUCC